AUGGUUGAAAAGGUCUACGUAACGUAUAAUGAGAUCCAUAAACUAUGCCAGACUUCGGCGCCCCGUAUUCUCGAGGAGUUCCAGCCUAAUCUUAUGAUCGCCAUUGGAGGCGGUGGUUAUGUUCCUGCGCGAAUCCUACGAUCGUUCCUGAAGCAGCCCGGCGCUCCCAAUAUUCCUAUCCAAGCAAUCGGUCUCUCCCUCUACGAACAGCUCUCCGAUGCUGGACCAGUCGAGGCCCCGGGUACAAAGGUCACACGAACACAGUGGCUCGACCUUUCCUCGCUCGAGAUGUCCAAUCUCAUCGGCAAGAACGUCUUGAUCGUCGAUGAAGUGGACGACACCCGCACAACUCUAGAAUACGCGGUCAAGGAACUUGAAAAGGACGUCGAACUGGCCAGACAACAGCAAGGCAGGACUGAGAAGACAAAAUUCAGCAUUUUCGUGCUGCAUAACAAGGACAAGGUCAAGAAGGGACAGCUCCCAGAAGACAUGAUCAAUGAGAACCGGUAUCUUGCAGCCGUCACCGUCCCUGAUGUUUGGAUAUGUUAUCCCUGGGAGGCGACUGAUAUUGACGAGCAUGACGAGCUGGCUGCGAAGUUUGGCAACGGCACCAAAUAG